CCCGGGCGACAAAUCUGUGGAACCCCUCUGGAGAGGAGCGAAAUCAUGAAGCCGCGAAAGCUCUAGAUACACGGAUAAAAACAGACUGCCUGAAGAAAACACACAGCAUGGGAGUCCAGGCCGUGCUCAGCAUCGUCCUUCUCUUCGUGGCUACAGUGAUGGCUUCUACCAAAAAAGGCUAUGUGGAAUUCUGGAAGGACGAGGUCACACUGACCUGUCCAGAUGUCGGGGAGAUUAUUGAUUCCACCGGAAAAACAGCAAACAGUACAUUCAAAUAUACUAAGAAAGGCCAUUACCACUGUGAUUAUGAUGAUGAUAGUGGCUCAAAAAUUAGAUAUAUGUUCUACGUGGAAGGAAAGGCAUGUGAGAACUGCUUCGAGCUCAAUGCAUACCUCUUACUUAUGAUCAUCCUUGUGGACAUUCUCGGGACAAUAAUCUUGAUGAUAAUGAUCUACAGAUGCACUAAGAAGAAAAGCUCAGGUGGACCUCCUCAGCCUUCCAAAGCACCUCCUCGCUCGGGAGGCCGGGCUCCACCUGUCCCGUCUCCUGACUAUGCGCCCCUGAACCCUCAAACUCGUGCCCAGGACACUUAUUCCACGGUUGUCAACAGGAUGGGAUAGAAGCACUUCAACUAAUGGCAUGAAGGUCUCUGGUUUUUAAAGGCUGCACGAAUGAAGGAACACGUUCACAAAAAAUCAUACAUCAGUAUCAGUCAUGUUCCGAGCAGCAUGCAGUGUCUUUCUCUGUUUUGAAUUUGAAGGCUCGCCUAAACCAAAAAACAAUACAACAAAUUUAAUACAAGUAGGUACAGUUUAGGUGAAAUUUGUGUUGAUAUUCAAGAGUUAAAGAUAUUUCAUUUAUGCUACUUUCAGUAUUUAAAAAUGACACUGAAGAAAAUUUUGUAAAGACUUUUGUCGGCGUAAUGGAGACAUUGUUUGUGGAAGUUGUUGUCGAGCUGUCUGGGAACUGAGUCUGUGCUGAUCUACUAUUAAUCAAUCACGAUCUGCCUGUUUUCUAAUGAAAUGAUAUUAGUAUUAUGGUGCCAUGAGUGCAUGACAAGCGGCCUGCAAAAAGUGAACAAAAAAAAGCAAAUAUAACGUGAGCACGGACAUUUCUAGACUCAACACGUGCAAUUUGUAUUUGUUAAUAUUAAUGCCAGGUUAAGCCAUUGCAUGUACCCAUAUGAUAGGAUGGCGCCAUGAAAGCGUACGUCCACUGAUCUAAAAGGGCUGUUUGGGGUUUAUCAAACAACAAAUGUUCAAACUGAUGUUGUAGAUUAUAUUAAACAUCAUCUUUCAAUACUGUGAGGCACAAAAAGCACAGGUAUGAUUUAUGGGCAAUAAAUCAAGACUUGUUCAGAAGGAAAGUGAUAAAUGAAUUUAGCUUUUUCUUGUGCUCAUAAGCACUCUUUGUACAGUUUAACAGGCGGACACACAAAUGCAAUGCAGUGCAAUAUUUCUGCAAAUUUGCUUUGAUGCUGCCUGUAAUAUUCAUGUUUUGCUUUUAAAUAUAUUUUCUUGCUGCCAUCAUGAAGUUUUUAGUGUUAGUGGUUAGUUAGUGGUAACGGUGUACUGCAGUGAAUAAAAAUUAUUACCAAAUUGACAUUUAUUUGGCAAAGAUGCUGGAAGUGCAUUGAUCCCAUUAGUUUAUGCAGAUGUGUCUAAUAAUGUGUUUAUGGGGUAUUUUGAGUGCUCUGAUCUUUGAAUAUAAACAUUGGCAGAAAGUACUGUAAUUUAGAGCAAUGUCAUAAAUACAAUCAUUUCAAAUCGACAUGCAUGUUGUGUGUGUGUGUGUGUAUAUAUAUAUCUUAUAUAAAUAGAGUCUAUGUGGCGCUGACAUGUAAAAAGAGCAUCAGUUGUGUAAAACGCUCCUGCACAAACCUUUGAGGUUUGUUCAGUUCUUUGCUUCUUCUUUCAUUAUAAUAUAAUGUUACAAGCUUUUUCGUUACUGUAAUGGACAACA